AAUUGGCCGACGUAUUCCAGCCAUGAAAGUAGAACGCACCGUCGCGAACGACAUCUCGGCUUUCGAGCCGGUUCCUCCUCCGUUCGUUCGGAGUGGAGUGGGCGUUGUUGCUAUGGCAACAGAAGCCCGUCCACGUUCAGCUGGAAAGUAGGACGGUGCUUGUAAAACGGCAGGCGCAAAGCGUCCAGUUCCCUCGCUAUUUUGGAUCGCCGAGCAAAAGGCACAAUCUGAAGAUUCGGGUCUGGAUCUACUUUGGAUUGGCUUGGGGCAGCCCAUUUGCGCAAUCGCCACGAGUGCGAGAGAGAGAGAGAGGGAGGGAGGGAGGGAGUUGAGGAAGGGAGGGUGUCGGGCUUGCCUCGCUUCUCCGCCUGCUCCUCUCAGCCGACACAAUCCCCGACGACUCUGCCUCGAUGUUGGAAACGCUCGGAGUGACUUCUUGAAAAAGCGGCCCGAGGACGCGCAAGCCGCCGGAUAAGUCGCCGUUGCCAAAGCCAUCAUGGAGGAAAAAGAGCUGCUGAAGGAACGUCUCCAGGCCAUCACGGACAAGAGGAGAAUCCGGGAAUACAUUGCCGAGAAAAGAAGACGCGUCGAGGAAGAGAAGCUCAAACUCCAAUACAUCAAGAAGAAGGCUUUGAGGGAUCAGUGGCUGAUGGACGGUUUGAGUCCGCAAUCGGAGGAGGAGCAGGAGGCCGCCAGGCUUCAGGCUCAGGACGAACGGCAACAGAGCGAUGCGCUGCAGAGCGAUAUUGACAGGAUGGAAAAAGAGAUCGAGGCGUUGGAGACGGAGGAGCUCCACAUCUCGGCCAAUGAGGAAGUGGUUCUGAAGCGAUUAAAAGAAGUGGAGAGGACAGCGGAGGACAUCAUCAAGAAAGCCGCUUCCGACCGAAGCGACCCGGCCUCGCCCGGCGGCGUCGCCGUCCGGGAAGAGACGGAAGCCGUCGCGUUGGAGGAAGGACGCGAGGGGCUCCGACGAAACGAGUCCGUCGCUUCUUCCGUGUCGGACACGCUCUCCAGUGCCGAAAGCGUUUGCGAAACCGAGGCCCACCGCCGGACGGAGCAAGGGGGGGAUUCGGAGCGGCGCGGCGCGCCAUGGAGGGACGCGGACCCGCCGAGGCCCCUCCCACCCUCGGGGCCAGAGCCGGACGCGCACCGGGAGCCGUCGGCGGCCCUCCGCCGAUUCCCCGAUGAGGAAGACGAACCCGAUCGCGCCGACGAGGGCGAGGGCGAUUUGGAGGAGGAUGAAGAGCGGGACCCAGAAGUCCCCGGCGAGCCCUCGUCGCCGCCGCUUCCCCCGGCAGUCAUGGGAGAGGAGGCUCUGUCGGAUAUAUCCAGCGAGUCCUGCCCCGACGUGGCCCCCGAUGACGCGGACGAGUGCCUCCGAGUCGAAAUCGCAGCCGCCUCCUCCGACAGUGAGACGGAUGAGAAAUGGAGGGCCGUCUUUUCCUCCUCCAUCAAUAAAGAAGACGACGACUCCUAUCUGGACGCUCUCCACUUAAGCGCGCGGGAGCUCUUUGUGCAGAAAGUCCAAGCGACGGACUCGGAAGACCGAGGGGACGACGACGGCGACGCCCGACCGAGCCCGCCGGAAGCGGAAGGGCGGCCGGAGGCCUCGUCCCUCGCGCCCGCCGUCCCGGAGGGGGAAGACGGACGCGGGAGAGCCCAGCGCGACGACCCCGGCCCUCGGGAGCCGCGGGCGCACGGGGCCCGGGAUCCCAACAGGAGGCUCCCCAAAGACUUCUGCGUGAUACAAGAGACCACCAGCGAGAACGUCAGCACGGAGCACGUCGACUUCCAGUCGGCGCGCAAGCAGUGGCGGGCGAUGGAAGAGCAAAGCAACAACAACAAGGCGCUGCUGCCCGCCGCCCGCCGGCCCGAUCCCCACGCCGGCCACGCUCGCAUGUACGCGCCGGUGCGAAACGCGGAGAGAGCCGACGGGAGGGCCCGGGAGGCGGAGCCCUCCGCGCCGCAGUUCAGCCCGUGCUCGGAAGAUUCCGGCCUGGACGAUUCCACUCCCAGGUCGCCCGACGACGAGGCGGAAACGCCGCCGGAAAGGGAGGGAAACGCCCCGCCCCCUGCCGCGCCCUCCCUGGUCAUCACGCCCUCUCCCGGCAGGGAGCCGCCGACAGACCAGCCCGAGGUGGAGCCCGGCGGUCCCGGCCAGCGGCGCUCCGAGGACCUCGUCGUCCCGGAGCCCUCCAACGCGAUCGUUCGCAGCGCUUCCGAGUUCUCGCUGGACAGAGCCUGCCAGCCCCAAGAGAAAAUGUUCCCCAGCAACCCCUUCUUCAAGCUGCGUUCGCGAAGCAGCGUGUCCCUGGUGGACGAGGAGAUCCGAGUGGUGCGGCGACGAGAGGAAGAGCUGCGCAAGGACAGGGCCCGUCUUUACGGCCACGCCCGCCCGGCCGACAAAAGGAUGCUGCUGUCCAACAACUCGGCCACUUUGUCGCUGGAUCGCCCGGCUUCAUCGCCAAUGAAGUGCAAGUCCUCGCCAUCGUCGCCGAUGAAAACCCCCAAAAUGGAUCGCUCCACUCUGUCCUGCGAUCACAGAUUUCCAGAGGGCUGCGUCGCGGGAAGACGCAAGAGCGCCAUGGCUCUGCGCUGGGAGGCGGGCCACUUCACCAAAAAUGACUGACGGGGAAACCGCGAGACGUCCGUCGUCCAUUCCAAGUGUGAAGGACGCCCCGCUGCCAAUUGUCGUGCCGUGUCUCCAUUUAGUUCUUCAUUUUCUCGCAUCCGGUCGAUGUUUCGGUCUUGCUUCGGGUUGAUUGAAACGUGCGGCGCUGCAAAUAACCGACAAUCGUACGCCCUCUCUGCAAAGGUUCGGCAAUGUCAGCGCGUGCCUUCGAAUGGCGGCAAAGCCUGAUUUUUUUUUUUUCUUUUCCCCCCCACCUAAUUGAGGCUCUUCGGUUCCCUUCGACUCGGUUCCGCUUCCACUCGCGGCUCUCCUGUUGUGCAUCCGCGCUGGCAAAUGAGGCGUCAAACGGUCGAGCGGGGACGUUUCCGAGCGAGCGCGCCUUACCCGCGAGCCUUUUUGCAUUUUAACGGCGGGAUUUCUGGAGUGUACUUGUGCUCCGGUCCGAAAAAGACAUCGUGAGGAAUCGGAAGGAGGAAAAUCCGCAGCCUGGUCCGCCAAGCUGAUGUGGCACGUCUUGGCCAAAAGGCGGCGCACGCGAGCUCACGUCAUCUUAACGCGCUGCGCAAAAGGGCGUCGCUGCUUCCGCGUCCGGUCCCCCGCCGAGGUAGGCCACCGUUUCCUUUUCACCAACUCACUCGCAAACUUUCGUCUCCACCCGAUUUGACGAUUUCGUUCGCGUAAGGGGGCCCUUGUGGCCGUCGCUCGCGCUGGCGGGGGGGGUGGGGGGGCUGUUGUGCGCGCAUUCGUGGGCGCGGGAUUCGACCGCGCUGGAAUUGCAACAUCCGAACAUCAUCGCAAGACCGGGCUCGGUAGUUUGUCCCUUGCUUUUUGUC